AUGAUCUCUUUGUCAGGUAUUCCUCAUGUUAUCAUCAUGUCAGCAGAAUUUAUCACAGGGGUUACAGUAAAUGGAUUUCUUAUAAUCAUCAACUGUAAUGAAUUGGUCAAAAGCAGAAAGCUAACACCAAUGCAACUCCUGUUCGUAUGUAUAGGGAUAUCUAGAUUUGGUCUACAGACGGUGUUAAUGGUACAAGGUUUUUUCUCAGUGUUCUUUCCACUCUUUUAUAGCACAAAAAUUUAUGGUACACCAAUGCUGUUUUUUUGGAUGUUUUUCAGCUCUGUCAGUCUCUGGUUUGCCACCUGUCUCUCUCUAUUUUACUGCCUCAAGGUUACAGGCUUUACCCAGUCCUGUUUUCUUUGGCUGAAAGUCAGGAUCUCAAAGUUAAUGCCUUGGAUGCUUCUGGGAAGCCUGCUGACCUCUGUGAGCAUUGCAGCUCUGUGUGUCGAGGUGGAUUACCCUAAAAUUGUGGAUAUUGAUGUCCUCAGGAAUGCCACAGCUAAGAGGACUAAACUCAACACAAAGCAAAUUAAUGAAGUUCUUCUCGUCAACUUGGCAUUAAUAUUUCCUCUGACCAUAUUUAUAAUAUGCACUGUUAUAUUAUUCAUUUCUCUCUACAAGCACACUCAUCGGAUGCAAAAUGGACCUCUUGGUUUUAGAAACACCAGGACUGAAGCCCAUAUUAAUGCAUUAAGAACAGUGAUAACAUUCUUUUGCUUCUUUAUUUCUUACUUUGGUGCCUUCAUGGCAAAUAUGACAUUCAGUAUUCCUUAUGGAAGUCAUUGCUUCUUUGUGGUGAAGGAUAUUAUGGCAGCAUAUCCCUCUGGUCACUCGGUUAUAAUGAUCUGGAGUAAUUCUAAGUUCCAGCAACCAAUCAGGAGACUUCUCUGCCUAAGAAGGAGUCAAUGAAGAGGAGGAUCAAUGUAAAAUAUUUUGUACUUCCUUAUCAUGGAUUCAAUGGACUUGUGUUUUAUUUUUGUUUACUUACAUGUUUUGUGUGACCUCUCUCUCUCUCCACUGAAAGCACUGAUUUUAAUGUUGGAUGGAUGUCUCUUUUUCCAGGACCUGUGUACUUAAAAAAUAUUAUGACAGUAACAUAUAAAUAACUAGUGUAUACUUGCAUUGGAAUACCAGUUAUGUUAGAAAAAAAAAAAAAACAAAGAUUUCAUUUCACUGACCAAAGUAAUUCUGUUACCUGUCUUCUGGUUUAGAUAAU